UGUGUUACUUUCACAUAAACAUGGCGGGCGUGAUAGAAGAUAUCCGCACGCGGCUCACAUUGAAGGAGUAUGCAGUUGAUAAUACGCACAGUACUAACUUCCCUGGAUCAUAUGCAGGUUAUGAUGACGCUCUGAAUUUGAGAAACUUCAAAAAAAACUUUAAAGUUGACAUAAUUCGUCUUUGCGAUGAAUUUUUGGAGUUCGAUAUGGUUGGUAUUGAUGCUGCUAUCGUGAACGCAUUCCGACGUAUCUUGAUCUCCGAGGUCCCUACGAUGGCUAUUGAGAAAGUCUUCGUUAACAAUAAUACUUCUAUCAUACAAGACGAGGUACUAGCUCACAGACUUGGUCUGAUCCCGAUAUAUGCAGACCCCCGACUCUUCGAGUACGUAAGUGAAGGAGAUAUGAACGGAACUCCCAGCGAUACCAUAGUGUUCGAAUUGAAGAUAAAAUGUAGUAAAAAUCCCAACGCUGACACGACAGACCCCGAUGAUUUAUAUAUAAACCAUAAAGUUUACAGUCGACAUAUGAAGUGGAUCCCUAUAGGCAAUCAAGCUGAUCUGUUUAAAGAAGGAGACAUACGUCCUGUUGAUGACGAUAUUCUCAUUGCUAAACUUCGACCCGGUCAGAAACUCGACUUACGAAUGCAUUGCAUCAAAGGUAUCGGAAAAGACCACAUAAAAUUUUCACCAGUGGCCACUGCAUCUUAUCGUUUGCUGCCUGAAAUAACCCUGUUGAACUCUGUGUAUGGAGAACAGGCUCGCCGCUUGCAGACAUGUUUCUCGCCAGGUGUCAUAGAAAUUGAUAUUGUAGAUGGUGUAGAAAGGGCCAGAGUUGCUCAUGCUAGGAAAGACACUUGCAGCCGUGAAGUGCUGCGCCAUGAUGAUCUCAAGAAUUCCGUCCGCCUCAGCAAAGUACGAGACCAUUUUAUUUUCUCUGUAGAGUCGACUGGUGCUCUACCUGCCAAUAUCCUUUUCACAGAAUCAAUAAAUAUUCUCAUGAAAAAGUGCCAAACAUUCCUUGGGAAAAUGAAGACUUAAUUCUUGACAAAUAAAAGAAAAUGAAUUCUC